AUCUUAUAUAUACAAACACAGCCUUUCUCUCAACACCUGUUAACAUCAAUUGCCCUUCUGUAAAAAACAGCAAUGUCUUUAUGAUCAAAAAAUAUCCAGAUUCAUUUCGUUCUGCCUCCGUUGGAGCUGAAAGGCCUCCAGCUUAAUACAGGUAAACUGUCUUAGCAAUGGGUAAACAAAAUAGCAAACUUAAACCCGAAGAAUUGGCUGACCUUAGAAACGCUACUCAGUUUAAUGAGCAGGAACUACAGGAAUGGUACAAGGGAUUCCUUAAAGACUGCCCAUCAGGAAACCUGUCAGUAGAAGAAUUUAAGAAGAUCUAUGGCAAUUUUUUCCCUUACGGAGAUGCGUCGAAGUUUGCCGAGCACGUCUUCCGCACCUUCGACACAAAUGGCGACGGCACGAUAGAUUUCCGAGAGUUCAUCUGUGCUCUUUCAGUCACAUCUCGUGGUAAAUUAGAGCAGAAGCUGAAGUGGGCAUUUAAUAUGUACGACCUGGACGGCAAUGGAUACAUCUCACGACAAGAGAUGCUGGAGAUCGUYAAAGCUAUCUACAAAAUGGUAGGAUCUGUCAUGAAGAUGCCUGAAGAUGAGAGUACACCAGAAAAACGAACCGACAAGAUCUUCCGACAGAUGGAUAAAAACUUGGAUGGUAAAUUGUCAAUGGACGAGUUCAUCGAAGGAGCCAAGAGCGACCCCUCUAUUGUACGAUUACUGCAAUGCGACCCAUCCAGCGGUUCGGCUUCUUAGCUUUCAUGGCUUCAUUUUUCUUGACAAUUUAUUUUUUAUGAUAGGGAAACGCUCAGUGGUUCUGUCAGUAUUGUUACAUACUAUGGAUUCAUUGUUGUUAUUCUAGUUAGGUCAGCUCUAACCAUUACCAUGUUAGUAUAUUCUUGAGGUACUUACGUAUAGUUAAUUUGUUGUUAUUGCCCCUGUCAUUUUGAUUCCAUAUAAUAUUAUUGCGAGUCUUUCAGUUGUUAGGAGAGUGAUUAGAAUUAUCUACUUCGAGCAAGUUGAUCUUGCUCCAAUCGCGCUGCAUUAUUCUGCUCCUCAGUUUUUAGUAAUACUGAAUUGUUGCAUAUUAUAAAAUAGUUCUAGAACAUGUAUAGGAAUAUAGGUUUUUGAAUGGUCCGCGGUCUAUAGAGUGUAUCUUUUACUUGAAGAGUUGUACUUCCACUUACUCGAGUCGAGUCAACCUGACUUGUUAUACUGACAUCAUCACGAUGCUUAGGUCUUGAA